AUGGGAUUGUUCGACCUGGGAACAUGCUUGCUGUAUGCUAUCGCAACGACUUCUGCGCUAGUUGACUCGUGUACAUUAGGAAACUGUAAAAAGAUUAUGGCCAUGUUGAAAACUGUGUACAAAAUAAGCGAUUUGAAUAUGGAUGAAGCUAUGCUUGAGAUACAAUUACGUGGCAAUGGCAAAACCGGAAUGGAUGAUAUUAUAUUUUCCAAUAAGAACGAAAUGGAACAAGCGAUCGCUGCAAUUGCUGAUAUUAAGCGUCCAAUUAUUGAGCAUUACAAAGAGUUAUUCGCGAGUACAAACUAA